CUAAAGGCCGAGUUCAACUUGUCAGAAGUUAUCGUUUAUGUUGAUAAGCAGAGCGUCGUCAGCCAGUACACACCCAAAAUGAUCUUAUCCUGUCCAAUAACGGCGGGCACAUACAAGCUGCAGUCCUACCCGUACAACACUCGCGACAACCACCUGACGGGCGAGUCCAAGAUCUCCACCAGCAUGUACGGGUAUACCUUCCGACUGGAGGGAUAUGAUAUAUCUGAUGAGAAGAUCCUCUGCGUGGAUUCAACGCUUCAGCUCGUAUAUCUUCGUAAAAAUGAAUUCGUGGAAGAAGAAGAGGAUAAUGUUGAAGAUCCAUGAUGUAAUUAGUAAAAAAAAACAAUGAAACAAAU